AUGUUUAAAUAUGUAAAUUUUAGAUCAAUAUAUUCAAUGGCAAGAAAUGUCAGAAUUGUGAAUAAAUUAAAAAAAACAUAAGAUGUUUCCUAAUAAUUUUCAAUGGCUUAUGAAGAUAAAAACGAUGAGGAUGGUAUUAAUAAUAUAAUUAUCAGAUGUGAUUGGAAGUCUCAACGAUAUAAAAUUAGAAUAAAAUACUAUCCUUAAAGAAGCUAUAAAACCUGACAUUAAUUUAAUUAAAGAGACUGUUUUGUUUGAUGGAGAUGAUCCUUAUUACGAAAAAGUUGUUGAUAGGCCUGAUAAAGGAACUGUUUGGGGAUUACAAGGUGAGCUAGUGUAAUAAAGAGAUAUUUUAUUUGACCCUAAUGAAUAGUUGGACAUAUAUAAAUUAAUUUCUUUUUUAGAAGUAACCUUUUUUAAUAGUAAUUAAGAUCAAUUAAAUUAAAGAUAUAGUACAUUAUGAUCUAGAAGAUUAUGGAAAACAGUUGCCUUAAAGAUAUGGAAUUGUAGGAACGAUGUUUUCAAGCAAUCAUGGUUGGAAAGUUUGUAAAGAAUUAGUAAAAGGGUUUAUGAUCCAAUAUCAAAAAGAAUAAGAAGAAAUCAAGAACUUGAAUUUAAGAUUAGGUAAUGAAGCCAUGAACGCAGAACCUGAUUAACGAGGAAUCAUGAAUUUAAAAAGACUUCAUCAUUUGGGUAUAGGAACUUAUGGUAAACCUCAGAUUAGUGGAUAAAAGGAUGAUGAAUGGCUGAUGGUUUAUUAUAAAUAAUAUAUGAUUCACCUUUUGACAGAAGACAGUAGAUAGGAGGUUGAUAUAGAAGCUAAGUGGAUGUAUUAACCUACAGAAGAACAUAUGGAUGAAUACGAUAAAUUAAUGAUUGCCACAAAAACAGGAAAUAGAAGAUUUUUCGAGCCUCUUGAUCAAUGA